ACCAUCAACUAAUACAGCCUCCCUUUCUCCCUCUCUUUCUCUCUCCCCAGUCGUAGUCUGCAACUUAGUUUCACACUAUUGCUUAUUUGCUCUACAGCUUACAGUGAGCUCUAUGAAGAGACCGUUACUCGCGUUCUCGUCUCUCUCUUGACUGCAAUCUCUAGAAAAUCAGAGAGUUUCUCGCUUUCGUAUCUGUUUCCGCCAUUGCCGUUCAACUCUUUGUUUUUGUUGUGCAGAGAGGAAAAUGGAGAAAAAACAGGGUUUCUUCUCUGCUCUCAAGGAAGAAGUAGUGCGUGGGCUUUCUCCGUCGCGUUCUCGGGCCAACAGUCCGGCCCGAACGGCGUCUCCGAUGUCGGGACUGCUCCGGAGGAAGAAACAUAGCAGCUGCAGCAGCAGCAACAACUAUAACUACAACUAUUACGUGGCGCAACCGGAGCUAUUGAUUGCGAGAUCCGGGAGUCUGAGGCCGGUAGGGGAAACGUUGGCGCCGUUGAUGGAAGGUCCGGAUCCGGAUGGAGGUGAAAUCGGGGAUUCGAAACGGAGUGGAUCAGGUCUGGGCCAGUGGGUUAAGGGCCAGUUAUCGAGGACUCCAUCGGUGACCGCCAUGGCUUGUAAGAGGUCUGAUCUGAGAUUGUUGCUUGGUGUCAUGGGCGCACCUCUCGCCCCUAUUCAUGUCAGCAGCACCGACCCUCUGCCUCACCUGAGCAUUAAGGACACUCCCAUUGAAACUUCCUCUGCCCAGUACAUAUUGCAGCAGUACACAGCUGCUUCCGGUGGCCAGAAACUGCAGAACUCCAUUCGAAAUGCCUAUGCCAUGGGUAAGCUGAAAAUGGUAGCUUCAGAAUUUGAAACUGCCACUAGAACAGUUAAGAAUAGGCAUUCCUCGAGGACCUCAGAAUCAGGUGGGUUUGUUCUCUGGCAAAUGAAUCCAGACAUGUGGUAUGUUGAGCUCGCUGUUGGUGGGAGUAAGGUUCACGCUGGCUGCAAUGGCAAGCUUGUCUGGAGGCAUACACCUUGGCUUGGUGCCCACACAGCGAAAGGGCCUGUUAGACCCUUGCGUCGAGCACUCCAGGGCCUUGAUCCGAGAAAUACAGCUAGUAUGUUUGCCAAUGCGCGCUGUAUUGGGGAGAAGAACAUUAAUGGUGAGGAUUGCUUCAUUCUGAAACUCUGUGCAGAUCCUCAAACACUAAGAGCAAGGAGCGAAGGCCCUGCAGAGAUCAUAAGGCAUGUAUUGUUCGGCUACUUCAGCCAGAAGACUGGACUUCUUGUCCACAUGGAGGAUUCACAUCUGACCAGAAUCCAAUCUAAUGGUGGCGAUGCAGUUUACUGGGAAACAACAAUCAAUUCAUUCCUUGAAGAUUACAGACCUGUCGAAGGGAUCAUGAUAGCACACACAGGACGUUCUGUUGUGACACUUUUCAGAUUUGGUGAGGUGGCAAUGAGUCAUACGAAAACAAAGAUGGAAGAAGCCUGGACAAUCGAAGAGGUUGCAUUUAAUAUUCCUGGCCUUUCAGUAGACUGUUUUAUCCCCCCGGCUGACUUAAGAACAGGAUCCAUAAGUGAAGCCUGUGAACUCCCUCAAGAUGAAAAAGGGAAGAGUGGGAUCGCAUUGGCUGCACAUCGGGCAAAAGUUGCAGCACUGGAGAAAGAUCAUAGUGCUGGCACUGAUAACAUGAUCUGGAAGACGGAACUCUAACAUAUGAUAGGACCAGACCAGGGCAAUUGUCUAUAUUGAUAGUUCAUAUUACUUGACUAACCCGGUAGAAGUUACAGAGUAGGAGUCAGGCUAAAUUUUUUUAUUUUGGGGUAUGCCUCUGUUAAUCUGUAAAUACCAGCAUAAUCAUUCACAGGCUCAAACAUGGCCGUGGUGAAUUUAUACUCGUAUUGCAGAAUCCAGCCGUGGGGUUGGAGCUUGGUAUUCCAUUUAGGGAUUGGAGCAAAUGGAGGUUAAUUUUUCGUUUACCUUCCAUGGUUUUAGGGAGUAGUGAAGUCGUCAUACAGUAGAACCAUUAACGUUUUAUGAUUCUACUAAUUAUCUUUUGCUUCAGUGAUCAUGGCAACAGCAGUAAAAAAUGGUAGCUGCUGUUUGUUAGGGGUGAGAUUGACGCUAAUGUCUGAUUUUGUUACUUUUACUGUUAAACCUUGUGUUAUUUUUGCGUGGUUAUUUGAUUUAAAGGUUGUUUAUGGGUUUGGGAAGGAGAAGGAAUGUAAAUGGCAACAGCCGGGUGAACAAGGGAAUUGAAGUACUUUCUUCACUCGCUUGCCUUUGACUGUAAUGUCUUCAUGAUGUUCUUUUUUGUACUGGAGCAGUGGCUGGACAGUGUUCUGGAUAAGAAAAAUGAUGUAAAGAAAAGGGAAAAAAAAAACUAUGUCCAUUAAGAUGUUGAGUGCUCAUAAAUACAUAGAUCAGUAUAUUGAUCUUUAUGUUCUUAGUUCA